AUGGGCAGGGUUUGCGUUACACUGCCCUCGUGUGUGAAAAAAGAGAAACGCGUGUGGCGCGUAGGCUACUACGGCCAGUUACCCAGCAUGCAGCAGGGGCUGUGGCUUAGGGCCAGAGCUCAGGUGCUGUCGUCCCUCUCGUGCUUGUGUGCCAUGCGAGCGGCCUCUGACCCCCACGUCCAUCCCCUCAGAACCACGGAGGCCGGCGUGAGAAGUGGGGCGCACCCUGGCAUGCCCAACGGAAUAGCGGGCGCAGGGCACCCCCACACUCAACACCAUGGGUCACCCAGACCGGGUCACCUGAAGUCCAGAGCGUCAGGGCACGCACUAGCCCAUGCUAACAGUCAUCACAGAGAUGCUGCGGGCAGUGAUGGUCUCCCAGAGGGCUUCCGCCUCCCUGCGAAGAGCUCCAGGAGCCACCAGGAGCUCCACAAGGAGCUGCUCCUCGCACACAAAAAGGGGCUGGUGGUGAGCAGCAGGCCAGAGCUGCAGAUGGUGCUGGAGAGGAGGAAGAAGGAGCAGAGUCAGAAGGAGGAGGAGGAGCAGGCCAAGGGCCCACUGGAGCAGGUCCUCCUCCAACGCCAGCAGAAACACGAGGAGAAUGCUCGAGAGGAGGAGGAGAAGAUUCGUGAGGAAGCACAGCUCAUGGAGUUUGUCCGUGUGAGGCAGAACCUGAGGAAGAUCCACUCUGCCCUGCAAAGCAAGAACACAAACUCCUGAACGAGCAACCAUCCAACCCUCUCCGAAUAGAGGGUCAUCAACUAAGCUUUAGGCUUCUCCAGCCUUUUCAACAAUCACCUCUGGAAUUCAUCAACUGAAAAUCAAAUGGAGACGUUUCCUCAUAUCAUUCAAACUCAACACUUUUUUUUGGCUAUGGCUUGUUGCAGUGACAUGGAUCGCAAAACCACACCAGUAUUUGUGUCUUUGUGGGUUGACCUGUUACAGAACCUGUUCCAUUACUUUCCUGCUUAGUAAGAGAGCCAAAUGUUGGUCAUGCAAUGUGCCGUUUAAUUUGUGAGAGAAGAGAAAACACUUUUCACUGCAAUAUGCUUCUCAAGGGGUUAAGACAUUUUGAAUAACAGUUCCAUCUCAUAUGUAAGGUACAGAAUUAGUAGGCUUAGUUCCCCUUCUCUUCUGGUGCCUACCAAUUCCAAUGUACACAUUUUCUGAUUGUUUUCAAACUAAUUAUUGCUUCUUUAAAGUAAAACUAUGUUUGUUUGUUUGUUUGUUUUGGGGAGGGUGGCGUAUGUCGGUGUUUACACGUUUGUAAUAGGGUAGCCUGUUGGGUUGUA